AUGUCAUUAGCUGUUACAUAUCAAACGGAGCUCUUCUUGGAUAAGAACAAAGAUUAUGUUGUUGUUGAACAUCAAGAACUUUUGGAUGCUUCCCAUUGUUCUUUUGUUUCAGGCUUGUUCCCUCCUUUACUAGAAGAAUCUUCCAAAUCAUCAAAAUUCUCUUCAAUAGGUUCUCGCUUUAAGCAACAACUACAAUCUUUGCUUGAAACGUUGAGUGUCACUGAGCUACACUACAUAAGAUGUGAAAAGCCCAAUAAUCUUCUAAAGCCGUCUAUAUUUGAGAAUAACAAUAUUUUGCAGCAGCUUCGUUGUGGGGGAGUUAUGGAGGCCAUCAGGAUUAGUUGUGCUGGAUAUCCUACAAGAAAGCCAUUCCGUGAAUUUGUAGGUCGUUUUGGCAUCUUGGCACCUAAUGUCUUUGCUGGGAGCUGCGAUGAAGUAACUGCUUGUAAGCGCCUUCUAGAGAAGGUAAAUCUCAAGGGUUAUCAGAUUGGUAAAACCAAAGUGUUUCUCAGAGCUGGCCAGAUAGCAGAAUUGGAUGAUUGUUGAAGUGAGGUCUUAGGAAGAUCAACAGGUGUCAUACAGAGGAAAGUUCGAUCUUAUCUUGCUCAGAAAAGCUUUAUCUUGUUACGGGUUUCUUCCAUUCAGAUUCAAGCCUUUUGUAGAGGACAAGUUGCACGCUAUCAGUAUGAAUGCAAGAGAAGGGAGGCUGCUUCUGUUAAAAUCCAGACACAUUAUCGUAUAUGUCUUUCUAAG